CACCAGUUGAGCGCCCUUGUUCUAAAUCUAGUAUGUCAGUUGUUGCCGUUUGUGGCACGUCAGUUUAGUUGUGUUGAAAAAUCGUCUAGUACUUAAAUCCUCGUUACUAACGACUUAGCAGCUUUUGAUUUGUAGCAGCACAACUGUCAACAUGCUGAAGAAUUUUAGGGCCCUUAUUUUAGGAGCUCCUGGCUCAGGUAAAGGAACAAUUUCUUCAAGAAUUGUUAGAAAAUUUGAAAUGAAACAUAUUUCUAGCGGGGACAUACUUCGCCAUCAUAUUUUGAACAAAACCCCUUUAGGGCUUGAUGCAAAAAAAUAUAUGGACAAAGGUCAAUUAGUCCCUGAUGAAGUUAUGGUUGGGGUCGUUCUAUCAGAAAUCAGUAAAAGUGCCAACAAAAGCUGGUUGUUAGAUGGUUUUCCACGAACUAGAAAACAAGCUGAAGUUUUAUUCAAAGAAGCCCCUGUGGAUGCUGCUAUGAAUCUAGUAGUACCUUUUGAGGUUAUUGUUGACAGAAUACAGAAACGGUGGGUUCAUAUGCCCAGUGGUAGAGUUUAUAAUAUAGAUUUUAAUGCACCUAAAGUUCCUGGGUUAGAUGAUGUGACUGGAGAAAAACUCGUUCAAAGAGAUGAUGAUAAACCAGAAUCGGUUCAGAAAAGACUUGAUGUAUAUUCGAAGACUCUUGGUCCAGUACUAGACUUUUAUAGGGAGGCAGGGAUACUAGAAGAAUUUUCAGGAAGGACUUCAGAUGAAAUUUGGCCAUCUGUAUACAAAUAUCUUACUAAUUAUAUGACUCCUAUUACACAGGAUAUUAAAGUUUAGUGACUUUUAUUUUUAGCUUACUUGAUUUAGACUGGUUGAUAUUGUAUUCAGUUAUUAAUUUUAAUUUUUAAUUAUAAGUUCAGCACAAAUCAACGAAUUGUGAUAUUUCUCUAAUUGUAAAUUCUUGAUAGUAUGAUGAUUUUGCAGUUAUAUGUGUUCUAUAAGUUCUUCGUGAGCUAUAUUUAACAUAUAAUUUUCAUUUGGACUUCUAUCACAGUUAGUACUCAAUCAAAAAUUUAUCUUUCUAUUUUAUAUGACCAAUUUUCUCUUAUAGGAAAUUAGCUGUAUUUCGAUUAACUUAAUCUUCCUUCCCUAGAUGACG